AUGGCCAACUCCUCCACGUCCAUAUCAGAAUUUGUUCUACACUGUGCUGUUGCCUCAGAGCAGAAGAGCCUUAUCAUCGCUGUUGUAUCUUUCAUCUACAUUACCACCUUUUUGGGGAACAUGCUGGUCAUUCUGGUCAUCAUAUCCAACCACCAACUCCAAACUCCAAUGUUUUUCUACAUCGGUGCCCUGGCAGCCAUCGACUUAGUGACUUGCAACACUCUCAUCCCCAGAAUGCUCACUGUUAUGAUAUUCAACUUCUUCCCUGUGCCGUAUGGAGCCUGCAUACUGCAGGUCUUUGUGGCGUCCCAUUUGCAGGCAUUGCUGACCCUUCAUUUAUCUUUAAUGGCAAUCGACCGCUACGUAGCUGUUGUCCAUCCAUUGCAAUACCCAGCACUUGUUACAAACAAGACUGUGUUAACUGGUUUCGUAAUAUCUAACCUUAUUGGUGCAGCAAUUAUAAUUCCACUGACAGUUUUUGCCACUGAGCUGCGUUUUUGUCAGACUAAUGUCCUGCCAUAUUGUGUCUGUGAUAUUUGCCACAAUGGUUCACAUUUCUUGUACAGAUGA